AUGUUCGCCCGAUCUGCAUUCCGCGCUGCUCAGCCUUUGAGGUCUGUUCGUCGAUAUGCCACCGAGGCUGGAGGCGCUGGCGGUUCCAACGCCCUCCUUUACGCUGCUGGAGCUGCUGCUGCCGGCGGUGCUGGUUACUGGUACUUUGGCAAGAGCGGAGCUCCCGUUGCUUCCGUUGCCCAGGAUGUGAAGCAGGCUGUUGGUGGUGAGCCCAAGAAGGCUUUCACCGGUGGUGACCAGGGCUUCCUUUCCCUGAAGCUCUCUGAUGUCGAGAUUGUCAACCACAACGUUAAGCGUCUGCGCUUCGAGCUCCCCGAAGCUGAUCAGGUCUCCGGUCUGCACGUUGCCAGCGCUCUUCUCACCAAGUACAAGGGCCCCAACGAUGAGAAGGCUACUCUCCGACCCUACACCCCCAUUAGCGAUGAGAACGAGAAGGGCUUCAUCGACUUGCUUAUUAAGAAGUACCCCGACGGUCCCAUGAGCACACACAUGCACAACCUUGUUCCCGGCCAGCGCCUCGACAUCAAGGGCCCUCUUCCCAAGUACCCCUGGGAGGAGAACAAGCACGACCACAUUGCCCUCAUUGCUGGUGGUACCGGUAUCACCCCCAUGUACCAGCUCGCCCGCGCCAUCUUCAACAACCCCAACGACAAGACCAAGGUCACUCUUGUCUUCGGUAACGUCGGCGAGAAGGACAUCCUCCUUAAGAAGGAGUUCGAGGAGCUCGAGAACACCUACCCCCAGCGCUUCCGCGCCUUCUACGUCCUCGACAACCCUCCCAAGGGCUGGGUCGGCGGCAGCGGAUACAUCUCCAAGGACCUUCUCAAGACUGUCCUGCCUGAGCCAAAGAACGAGAACAUCAAGCUCUUCGUUUGCGGUCCUCCCGGUCUCAUGAAGGCCAUUUCCGGAAACAAGGUCAGCCCCAAGAACCAGGGUGAGCUGACUGGUGCUCUUAAGGAGCUCGGUUACAAGGAGGACCAGGUUUACAAGUUCUAA